AUGUCACGCCGGAAGCAGAAACGGCCCCAGCAACUCGUUAACGCAGACCCGGGGGGCACGCGGUUAAUAUCGCAAGAUGAAUCGUUUACUGUGAAGUCACCGUCCACCUCUCUGGCCUCAGAACCUACCUCGUCAUCCUCCUCCUCAUCCCCAUCCUCUCUUCAGGACUGCCAGCCCCCUUUAGCCCCACGGCCAUCGCCUGGAGGGGUCCAUGCCCCCUCCCUACCUAACGAGAGCUCCUCUCCCUUACACUGGCCUAGCCACAUCGCCCCUUACACUACCUCCCUUCCAAACACUCACUCUUCUCUCUCCCCUGACUUCCCUCACCCUUCGCUUUCCUCACAGACCCAAUCACCUCCACCAGUCCAGCAGAAAUCUGCUCACACUCCCCUAUAUCAACCUCACUCCACCAUGACAUCCCCUCAGCUGGGAAUCUCUGCCACCACCACCGCUUCCUCCUCAGCAUCUUCAUCUUCCUCUUCUCUGGGUCCUCCGCCACACCCGGGCAGUCCCAGUCCUGUCCAGCAGACCCCUUCCAGCCCUCCCGGGCAGCUGCAGGUGCCCCCAACUCUGGCCGUACUUCUGGAAGAACUGAGGGUCCUUCAGCAAAGGCAAAUCCACCAGAUGCAGAUGACGGAAGAGAUCUGCAGGCAGGUGCUGCGUCUAGGUGGGGUGGCUGGUGUCCAGGAAACAGUACAGGGGUCUGUGGAGAAUCACCAGAAAUCCACUGGAUCACCCUCCCCACCACAUUCCACCUCAGGUCCAGCUGCUUCCAUGGCCUCACCUCUGCUCUCAUGCCCUCCCUCUCUGAUGCCCCAACCCCCUGUGUCCAAACCCGGCAUCUCUAAUGGUACCAGAGCUUCUUCUUCCUCCUCCUCAUCUUCCUCUUCAACUUCUGCUCUGAUCUCCUCUGCCGCCUCGGUGCACUCCCUCUCCCUGUCAUUGGGUUUGCCCCCACGUUACCUCCAUGAAAAAUCUUCAAACACCUCCUCCUUUGUCCAUGGCAAUGGAUUAAACUUCUCCACCCCUCCUCUGCCCACUUCCAGCAGUUCCCAGGACCACCUGCCCUCAAGCUCAAGUGUAGGAUCUGGAGCUGGGACUUCAUCUUCCUCCUCAGGACGUCACCAGCACACCUGUCGGUUUUGCGGGAAAGUUCUGAGUAGUGACUCUUCCUUGCAGAUCCACCUGCGCUCCCACACAGGUGAGCGGCCAUACCAGUGCCCGGUGUGCCUCAGUCGCUUCACCACACGAGGGAAUCUCAAAGCCCACUUCCUGCGUCAUCGUGAGCAGAACCCUGAGCUCUCAUUGUCCCUGUUGCCACCUGCUUUGUCUGACCAGAUCCAAUCAGGCUCUAGCCUCGGGACCUCUCAGAGGCGGCGGAAGCGCCGAGCUGAGGAUGAGGAGCCAUUUGGAAUCAAAGGGGUCACUGGUCUGCCAGAUGGUAUGGCAUUAAGUUUUCUGUCAGGGUCAUCACCACAUCCAACUCCCUCAUCUCUGCCAUUGCCACCCACUGUUGACCUUGCCCUGCUGUCCACUGCCCAUUCCUUACUACAGCUCAACCGUGCUUCUGCUGCAGCUGCGGCCUCAGCAUCAGCAUCAGCAAAUGUGCACUCCUCUUCCUCUUCCUCCUCGUCCUCGUCCUCCGGGACAGGUCAGUUCAAAGGUGCUAAGCAGCAACGUUUUGAUGAGAACACCCCACCUCCCUCUGCCUUACACCCAGCUGGCUCUCCCUACUCUCAGCUGGCCCACCUUCCUAAAAUCCUCUUCCACUCUGGCCCGUCACCCCAUCACCCUGGCCUGGCGCUCCUCCGACCCCCUCACCUUCCAUCUCCUCAUGCCCAGCUAACUUUUCCUUUCUCCCCUUUCCCCAAAGCCCAGACCUCUGCAUCCUCCACCUCUCCAUCUUCCUCCACAGCCACUUCGGACACCUCCAAGCUGCAGAGACUGGCACAGAAGCUAGAGAAACAGCCACAGGGAGCAUCGUCACGAACUUCCGGUGACAGUGCUACCAGCGGCAACUCCCAGGCUAAUGACAUCAUCACCACAUCCAAUGUUAAUGCUACCUCAGCCUAUCGGCGAGAGAUGAUGGCAGCCCUCGGCCUGAGCCCCAGCACCAAUAGUGAGGCGAGCAGCCAAAACCUCUCCAGUGGAUCUACAUCCUCUUUACCUUCUCUCACCCCAAACCAAUGUGGGAUUUGCCUGCGAGUCCUCAGCUGCCCUCGGGCAUUACGUCUGCACCAGGCCACCCACCUGGGAGAGCGACCAUUUCCCUGCAAGCUGUGUGGCCGGUCCUUCUCCACCAAGGGAAGCCUGAGAGCACAUUUGGCCACCCAUCAUGCCCGCCCCUCAAAUGCUCGUGCCCAGAAUUCCUGUCCACUCUGCCAGCGCAAGUUUACCAAUGCAGUGGUCCUCCAGCACCACAUCCGUAUGCACUUGGGAGGGCAACUGCCACCAGACGGUAACGGAGAUCUGCUGUCAGAGGAUGAUCCUGGAGCAGUGAGCACCGCUGUCAAUGCUUCCAAACCCCUCCAGACCCAUCCUCUCAACAUGAGCAGCAGUUCCAGCAUAUCAGAAUCAUGCUCAGGUACCAAACGCAACAUGUCAGCUGAUGGAGAUCUGUCUGUACCGCCGUCGGAUCCAGACCCAUCUAACGUUAUUAACCAAGCCCUCACUCAUGAUUCAACCUCUGAGAAGAAAGAUUUUCAUGCUAAUCGUCCUACUGCCUCCCCUUUUCCUGAAGAAAAUUGUGACAGUGAUGCUCCAAAGAAAAGCACCUAUUCCGGUCCUCUGAAAGCAAAUCAGACUGACUCCAAGUCCAGUAUGAUGAUAAAUGGUAACACAGAGGAUGAUGAUACCCCUCUGUCCCUCUGUACAAGGUCCAGUCCUCAGGAUGCUGAGAGCAAUGUGGUUGUUACAGAUGUUGUUUCCAGAAACAGAGGCAUUAUGGCGGAGCUCAGUCAUUCCAAACCCAGUCUAAACUCUGGUGCUGUUGACCUAUCCCCCACACUCACCCCACCCUCCAGCCCCAGUGCAACCCUGGAACCAAAGCAGGGUCAAAGCAGUCCAGGGGGACCUGCAGCUAAGGCCGGUACUGAUGUGGACCCUGAGCCAAGAAAGAGGGACAUGACUCAGACUACUGAGAAUGAAUCCUUAUCAGCUGCUACCAGCAAUGGAGCUACUGAAGAGGAGGAUGAGAUGGUAAAACCCCAAGAUGCCAUGUCUGGCUCUGAGGCCAUGAUGGAGGAAGAACACUGUAACACUACUGAGGAGAAGGAUCAUGGAGGUCAGGCACAAGAUGGGGUAGAAUCAGUGGAAAUGUCCCAGGCAACAACAUUAGCCACCCCUCCACACCCCCAACGUCAGGACAAACCGUAUAGCUGCUCCCAGUGUGGGAAAGAGUAUGCGAGCCGCAGUGGACUGAAGGGCCACAUGAAAACCCACUCUGGGGUUGUGAGCAACGGGUCAGGUGUGACUCCCACUGGCAAAGAUGCUGUGGAGGACUUAGCCAAGAGCAAUCUUCCACCUGAGGAUGCUGAGAAACGUCUAGAACAGAGUCCAGAAAAACGGUGCAAGUCAGAGGCUCCAUUGGCUACCAUGGAAUCUGUGGAGGGAGAAGAGAAUCCUGAGGACAUUGGAAGCUCUAAUCCUCUGCACAAUGACACCCCUCAUCCCCCUGGAGUGUCUCUGAACGGGACAGGGGGCAGCAGGGAGGGACCUGGCCAGCUGUCCCCAAAAUGGCUCCUAAUCCUGCCUCCGCUGGGCUCCCGAAACCAUGACAACCGGUAA